ACAGCAUCCCGUUGCAUCGCGGCGCGACUUGCAGCCGGCUACAUCGCUAUAUAGUACUAUCUCCAGCCAGAGUGACGGCAGCGCCGCCGUCGCGCUCUCUCACAGCCAUAGCAGCUCAGUCGAGCUCGGCUCCUCGUCGAGCUAAGUUGUGCCGUGCAUCCGAGAUCUCCGCGAGCGCGCACACGUCUCUCUCUCUCUCUCUCUCUCAGUGAUCCUGCUCUUCGCCCCCCGAACUCGUAGUGCUUUUCUAUCUCGAGCCAUAUCCUAGUGCUACGCUGUGGCUGUGCCUCGUAUACACAUAUAUUACAUAGUGCGUGUGGCGCAUUGUUUCCCACCGUCGGGGAGAGAACAGCCCGGGAAACGACGGACACUGCAGCCGCGGCUCUACGGCCAUUCAAGAAGUUAUAGCAUGUCUUGACAAGUAAGGAGGCUCUUUUGCACCGGUUGAUCAUUUGGCAGCCAUUAAGGUCAAACCAAAAUGGCGGUCGGUCAGCAGCCUCCGGAGCAAUACACGGUGCCGCAGCUCGCGAGGAUCUUCCACCAGUUUCCCCACGUCAAUGUUUCUAUGCACAAAAUUAACAACACCUUCAACCCGACGUCGCCUGUUUAUGGGGAGAGCCUCGGAAUCCUGGGCAGUGUACCGGCGGCUCUGCUGAUCCUGACGCUGCUGGUGCUCCUGGUGUACCUGGUGACGCGUUGCUGCGACCGUAAGCCCCGGCACCGGCGCUCGAUAGCUCUGCUGAAAUGCUGCCUGGCGAUUCUGGCCAUCCUCUGCUGUUGCGCCGUCGCCGUCGGCCUCUACGGCAACGACGACGUCCACAACGGCCUCGUCCAGCUCAUCGCGGCCGCCAAGAACAUCGACGGCUCCAUCAUGGCUGUGAGGAACCAGACCGACACGAUAAACCAGACGCUGACCCGUAAAGUCAGCGAGGACCUGCUGGCACUGAAGGACCUCCUCGACGCUCCGGUCACCAACAAGACCAUCUUGGGCAUGGCCUACCACGUGUACGACCUUAUCAAGUUCAACGAGAGCAUCGUAGUGAACCGUACCAACGACAUCCGCAGGCCGCUCGGCAUAUCUCUGGCACCGGCUAUCGAGCUCGUCGAGAAGAUCGAGCUUUACAGGUGGCCCGUCACCAUGGCUGUGCUCAGCGCACUUCUCAUCCUCUGCGUGGUCCUGCUGGUCGGCGUCGCGCGACACUCCAGAUGCGCCCUCAUCACGUUCUCCGUGUUCGGCCUAUUCGCGGUGAUAACCUCGUGGCUGAUGGCCUCGAUAUACCUGGCUGGCUCGGUUGCUCUGGGCGACCUGUGCGUCGCACCGGACGAGUACAUCAGCAGAGCCGCGCCGUCGCCCCUGGCCGCCGAAGUUUUCUCGUAUUACACGCACUGCGAGAACGCGCGCACCAAUCCGUUCACCCAGAAGCUUCUCAUCGCCAAGCAGUCGGUCGACAACAUGAGGCGGAACCUCGAAGACAUGAAGCGGCUCGCCUUCAUGCUCAUCAAUCCUCAACAGCUUCAGCCGAGAUUCAGUAGUCUGCUCAACGACAUCAUCUUCGUCGACAACAAGCUCACCAGUCUCACGACCUUCCUCGACUGUAAACCGCUGCACAAGCAGUACGUUCACGCGGCUAAGAGUCUCUGCCACUUUGGAUUGUUCGGACUGACCCUGAUGCUUUUGGCGAGCGUGGCGUCCGGUUUCCUCUUCACCGUUCUCGUCUGGGUUGACUCUCACACGUGGAUUUACAUCAGAAAACGAAACGACUAUCACCAGGUGAACGAGCAGGACCCCUACCUGCCGCCGUCGGCGGCCUCACAGGCGAUAGCAGCGCGGACACUCCGAGGCCAAGGGUCGUACCCGCCUACAGCCCCUCCUCUUAAUCCAAAUGCUCAUGGCAACCAUACUAUUAAGCAGCCUCUAUUGCUAACGCCGCCCCCGCCGUCUUACGCUACUGCUGUGACAGCCCGCGCACGUCAGAUGCACGAGAGCAUGUCCAAAGGUGGGGGCCUUAACGGGAGCGGAAUUGGGGAUCACAAAUCGAGUCAGCAUAAUCAGCAGACAAGCGGACGAGCUGACCAUCGUGCCGGGCUCGGGGAUCAGCCUGGCCAGUACGCGACUCUGAGCAAGCAGUGCAAGACCCUGGAGUCAAGUGAUUUCUACUGAGGGCACGCCCCCUCGGGACCGGGAAGAGAGCCACCAUGGACGCCGAGUGUAGCUUCGUUCACGGGCGGUAGCAACCUGUCGCACAACUCUCACGGCAGCAUCGGCGGCCAGCAGCAGCAUUUAGCAACCUUCCAGGAUUCGCGCAAGACCCAAACCCUCGAUCCCAAGAACCUCGCCAACCUAAAACGUGGCCCGACACCCGCCUGGAACCAGACGGGCCGACCCUUGCCAGUGCCCAAUCCCAGCACCAACAACAGUUGGGACAUAGAGGCACACUCGCGCAGCAACAUGAACCAGUUCCGCUCGCUCGUGCGCAACAAGGCACCGGGAUCGGUUCGCAUUCAAGACCAGCAGCAUCACCAGCAGAAUCAGCAGCAGUCGAUGCAGGACCAGGUUCGCACCCUCGAUAGGAACUUCUCUAGGGCGCACAGCAACGGCUAUGACGGAAGUCAUUCCGUAGGGGUCGGAAAUAACGCAGGCAGCACCGUGCCCAAUAUGUACGGUACGUACAAUUGGAGGCACGACAAACACCAGCAACAUCAGCAGCAGCAGCAACAACAGCAACAACAGCAGCAGCAGGUGUCGACGCUCAGUCAAGUACAGGGAAGCGAUCCUAAUCUGUACGCUGUUACCGAGCUGUAAGCUGUGUAUUAGGCCAUGCGGUUUUUAGGAUAGACAGCGUAUCUUUUUACAAUAUCUUUUCUUAGAUACAAUUUUGAAAAGGAUUGCUAUUCUUUCACAAAAGGGUAAUAAGAGAAGAUUACUAAAAGAAACGUAGUCUUGGCUCAGACUAAUCUGGAAGGGGUGGAAUGUAUUGCAAGUCGUUGCGCAAUUGUAUUUUUAAACUAUUCCUUGGACUGUUUUUAAUUUUUACUGCUACUUUUUUUUGGAAAAUAAUUUUUCUAAUAUUGCAAAACCAAGAAUUUACAUAAAAUGAUUCGUGAUCUGCUUUUGUGUUUUACCGAAUUAAUUUAUUUCCACGCUGAUUUUUUUAUGUUACGUUGAUAAAACGUGAUUUAAAAAGCAGUUGCUCAGCGACGGUACAAGGGAAAAAGUAGAAAAAUACAAAAAAAAAGUCUUACAUACCCUGUAACAGCGUAAUUGCGUUAAAGCGUCUGUGCGUUCAGUUGGUGGUGGUGGUGGCAGGUGAGGGCUUUUUUUCCUUUAGUUCAACGCGAUAAGUGUAUCGAGCGAGAAACCAAAGAGCGAAAAGAGGGGGCGUUUAAAACCUCGGAAAUCGAAGAAGAUGAAAAAAUUAAAAACGAGAACCUUUGAAGCCUAAGAGAUGUUCAUCGAAUAGGAAGACAAAGGAAGUAGUAGGAGGGAAAUUUAAUCGAAGAUUAACUAGGCGUAUUACACGUAUAUCGAUUGUAUUUGUAUAUCAUGUACAGUGGCCAUGAUAGAGUUUGUUUAUCUAUUUUGUCCUAUUAUCCUUACGAGUAUGCAUUUAUUAUAUAGUUUAAUAAGAGAAAAUGAAGGAAGGAUUUUAUAGGACCGUUACUUCGACACUUUUUAUACUUGAGAUCUAUAUAAACGUACUUUACGUUAGAUCCUUUAAGGUUUUAUCAUUGAUUUAUAAUGAUAUAAUUUAGUUGUAGUUUUGAUUAAUAUAAUGAUUAUAUUAUAAAUGUGAGAAGUAUGGAUUAUGUGUUACUUUUAUACCAUAAUUGCUAUUAAGAAGUGCCGAAGUAUCGUUAUCUAGCCACUUCCUAGAAAUAAUUUUAGUAUUUUUUAAGUUUUGUAAAUGAGUUCCACGUUCGUGUAUCCGAUGUGUAAUUUGAUAUCGAAAUGUUUAAAACAAAAGACAUUUGUUGUAAUUUUUUUAAGAACUUUUUUUACUACGAAGAUUGAACCUAGCACGACAUAAUGACGUGCGUUGUAACACAAAUUUGGUGAGCGUUUUCUUUUUAACGUAAGAGACCGUAAGAAAAGCGAUAUUAAUUGAAAAUUCACGUGAAAGGUAUACCAAGAGACACUUUUUUAUACAAUCUUUUUACACUUUAAUAUUGAAAAGAAAGGAGUAAGGAACAAACGCGUGAUUUGAUAAAGACAGCGUUAACCAAGCACACAUAUACACAAUUUAUUUUCCGUUAAAAGUUCGAUGCAUUUAUAAGGAUUAUUUAUGCUAAAGUUAUAAUAAUAGAGAAGCUAAGAGUUACCGCACGAUAUAAAGACGUUACACGAGUGAUAAAGAGGAAGUAAUUUAUUGCAUUCAAUUCAUAUAAGACUUUCGAAUUAUAAUGAAAAAUAAAUAACGAAGGAAAAUAUGAAAAAAAAUCUAUUUCAAAGUACUGCCGUUCCUUGCGUGAACACCCGUCUUAAGUACAAAGCCCAAACCGGCUGAUCUUUUUUUAAUUAUUAUUAUUUCCUUUUUUUCUACGACAUUGUAUCGAUAAAAGUUAUUUAAAAAAUGAUGAUAAUAAUAUUGUAACGAUAUAGAAUAACCGACUGAUUGAUUUUUACGAAACGCGCGAGCUAUAGGAAAAUAAAAGAAAACGAUAUACCUUUGAGGUUUCAUUCCAUAAAAUGUCCGCUUAUCUUAAAAGGUUUCGAAAAGCAUACCCUAAACUGUAUAUUGUUAAUUUUAUAUUUAUAAUAUUGUGUUAGAUUUUUCUUUCCUUUUAUAUAUUAGAUUAAAUAAAAUUCACUUUAUCUCCCAUAAGUAUAUUAUAUGUGAAGAAUAAGGAAAAUUUUGUAUAAAGCAUUAUUUAAAUAAAAUUUAUUUGGUCUGAACAAAGACAACUUUUUCUAUUUUCCAAAAUUCGUACACGUAUUUAAAUGUGAAAACAAAUAUAAAAUUAACAAUCGAGUAGUAUGGUUUUAGAUUUGGUUUUCUGAUUACUGAUCAGUCAUAAGAGAUACAAAAAUAAGAGUAUUUCAGAAAUAAAAAGAAAACCGUGGGACCUAAAUUCAUCCGAUGGUUGUAAUAACAAAACACUCGUAAAAUAAAUGAAUGCAGACAUUUGCAACGAAAAAUCAGCGACACACGACCACUUUUUUCCACGUUUCCAUACCAUCACUUGGCCAUUCCUGUACAUAUAAAGCUCAGUGAGGAGAGAAUACAAGAAAAAUAAACAUAGUGCAUAAACGUAAUAAGAUUAUGGAGUAAAUGUGUAAAGUGUGAUACUCUUUAUCUAGUAAUGUUUUAACAUGGGCUAUGCUCAAAAAUAAA